CAGCCUCUGAGCUCCCGCUUCAGUGGUGGGAGGUGUUGUGGGGUGUUGAGUGAGGCUCUUGGUUGCCGUGUUUUGAAAAUGCUGGAGAUUCUGAAGAGAGGGGGGGAGAUCAUCUGCUCCAGGAAAUCCCAGGAAGAAACAUCUCUGAUCGCCUUGCUGCCUCCGGAGGGAAGAGGGGGGAUCCCCUCGACUGAUGACUGCCAGUGUGAGGGUCCUGUGAGGGAAACGGGGCUCCAGAAAAUCAGCUGCUGCCCAGGUGGAGGAGGUUGAGCGGGACCUGCGUGAGGGUGGAGGCGCUGGCGGCCGGGCCCAGCACAUAAAGCUGGAGAGGCGGGAGGGGCUGGGCCGGGAUGGCCUCGGCUGGGAAGAGGCAGCGGCGGAGGAAGAGAAGAGAGCCCGGGCGGGCCAUGGAGGUAGAUGCUCAGGAAAAGGAGGAUUCUGUUAAAGGCCCAGACUGCGUAGAAAGACUGGCACGAAAAUACAUGCAGAAGUGCACCGUGGAGUCAAGCACAGAGUCCGAGUCUGAAUCCAGGGUGGAGGUUGUGCCUAGCCCACUUGCUGGAGGACUCAAGAAAGCAAAGGAAUCCAGGGGACUACAAUUUUUAGAUCCUUAUGAUGGUGAUUCAGAAGACACAUCUGUUCAAACUGACUGUGGUAUAAAGGAUGCACCAUGGACAAACAGUGCCUCAAAAGCAAUGCCUUUGGGGGAUGUUGGUACUUCAGAAGAUGAAGAAUCCUUCCCUAAUCCUCUGAAUGCCAGUCAAGUUCAGGCAGUAAAUGACUGUAGAGCAGCCCCAGAGCUUCCUGGCCUCCAGAAGGAUCUGUUGCCAUCACCUGAGCAGCCUCCAGCCACAGAAGCAUUUAUCCCCGCGGGGCUGACACCUGCCCAUGCCUUACCGAUGAUUGUUAACCCUUCAGUCUCCAUGGAUCUGCCUGCAAACCUGGCUGAGGCUGCUCCACAGCCCCUGCUCGCAGCUCUCUGUGAUGGCACAAUGGCCGAGCAGCCCAUCAUUAAAAGAAAACAAGGGAUUCCUGCUCCAGAGGAUGCAAGUGAAAAAAUAAAGAAAUUCCGUGCAACUUAAUCUAAGGGAUGAAUAAAUCAUUGGACACUGUUCUGAAGGAUCAUUCUGGCAGAGAUUUAUUUUGCAGAGUGUGUACCUGAGCUAAACAGGCUGCCUCAGGCCUGUUACAAGUGCACUGCACUGUACAGUAAGCUCUGAGAUCCAGCUGAACAAUGGACUCAAACAAGAUGUGUGUCAAUUCCAGUGUAAGUUAGCAAAGGUAUAUCCACAGCAUGACAGACAAGCUGGGUGCCCACCUCCUGUGUGCAGUACCCGGAGGCAGCUGCUCAGUUUCAGUGUAAUUUCACCAGCACUGCCAGGGGUUUAGCAAGGAGGGAAAGAAGAAUGAUCCCUUGGCUGCAGUUAGCUUUCCAUAGCUACAGCUUGUCUGGUACCUGCUUCAUGUGAGUUUGGCUCCCGCUGUGUCUGACCUCCCUCGGAGUGGUGAAUGAUUCAGGUUUGACUACCAGCAGCUGAACUGCAUCACGCUGAACUGACUGCAACUGCUGGCAAUCCAGCAUUUAUUUUAUCCUUCAAAGGGGGAGAAAUUGUCUCCUGGCUGUUACCACAGCUGCUCCUACCUCACUGGACCAAUGUUUUGGGCAGUUUCUGUGUGCUGCCAGAUCAGUUUACAUUGUAAUGUGCAAUAGAUUAGCUCAGGGCUUCUUAGUAAAAACAAUCAUUCAGGAGCUGCAGGAGCGGCGCCCACAGAUGGGAAGCCAGUUAGGGAGCAAAAACUGUCUCUGGUUUCCUUCUCCUGUACGACAACUUCUUUAAUCAGGUUUAGGAUCUGGGUUAGUCCAUUUGUGUGGGAGGGGAACUACUAACUAUGAAAGUAUAAUGAUGGCUUGAGAGAUGUUAGUACCAGUAACUUGUGAAAGCAUUUGUUUUGUACAAUGGGCAGAGAUUUUUAGUUUCCAGUUUCUUUCAUAAGAUGGAAAGCCACUUAAAAUAUUACUUAACUGCUAGCAUUGCACCCUUCCACCUGUGUAUUUAUUUUAUUAAAGCAACUUUUCUUUCAUCCUUAGUCCUCCAGCUGGAAAUGGUUUUUAAUCAGCUUGGAACAUAUGUGGUCUAACAGUAAGUUUCAGAGGCCUUUGCCCAAAGACAGGAGCUGUUGUAGUUGCCCCUUCAUGUCUCCAAAGACAAAGACUGCUCCAGUGAAAAUGGAAUUAAAUUGAAAAAACUUCAAACAAACCAACAACCAACCACUUGCAGCUCUGGAUUUGUGUGUACUGCAACUAGGCUACAGAUCUCUCUGGAAUGAAGACUUGAGAAAAGCUUAAGAAUACAACACUGUCCCACAGCCAAGCCCCUCAUUUUCAGUCCUGGCUAUUAAGAUACCUAGCUCUUGGCCUCAUCAGCUAAAUAAAACUGAAUCCCCCUGACUUUCAAACUGCAGCCAAAAACUCUAAAGUGGAUUUCAGUUAAAGCAGCUAUUUCACACAGCAUGGAAGAAACAAGACAGGAGAGAAGUAAAUGGAAAGGUAAGCCCCAUGGGACAGUAUCAUUGGAAUGUGUUUAUUCAGUAGGAGACUCCAGAUGUGGAUUAAAUUGUGAACUGAAAUUGCACCUUUUGUUAAUUCAGGCCUAAUGCAGAAGUUAACAUAAAAAAGCUGAAGAGUUUGGGGAAGCUCAAGCUCUAGGGUCCUUGAGCCUAUUGAUCUCCCCAUCAGCAUUUGCCAAUAGGUGGAGCUGGUUUAGGCAGAGUUUUAAUAGUAGCUGUAAGUGGUAGCACAGCCCAGGCCUAUGAGCAGUUGCUGAAAGGAAGGUCCAUGUUCACUGGAGCUGCCAACAGCUCUGGUUUUAAGCUAAUACUUCAUACUGCAGCUGGUACCCAGAGCCUGCUGCUAGCACGAGCUGCUUUUUUCUGUACAAUGUAAUUGGAACAAUGCUGGAGGCAGUGAUACCAGUCCCAGACACACUCUGGUGCUGGAAAGCAAAGUCUCUCACUGAGGCUGAAACAAAGCAAAGGCAUUACAUUUACAGCUCAUCUUGGAUCAUGAUGUAUGUAGUUCUCAUCUCAGUUCCUCAUGACUGGCUAAGAACUGCACAAAGAUUACGUGGUUCACUGCUCUGGGAUUCACACUUUGUAAGGUAACAAAAUGAGCCAGGGCAGUUCAAUCUCAGAGAUUAAUUUUGCAAAGCAAUAAGGAGAGGGCAGACAGAAGAAUUCUGAUUUAAUAAACAGCAAGCAUUGACCAAAACAAGUAUGUGAGGCAGGCUGAGAUGGCAAUUUUUCCUCCCAGCACAGGUGUGCCAUAGAACUCCUUAUCACAGAAAAAUACUAGAGCUUAUAAAAGUCACUGCUUUCAUAGGAGCAAUCACUGAAGGAAGGGGUUCCCAGGAUUUCUGUUUUGAGAUUGUGGGUACACAGCUUUCUAGUCUUCAUAUAUGUCUUUGAACACUUAGCCACUUCAGAGAGGACACCUGUUCUGAGAGGAUGGGCAGAAAGCCAACAAAUUCAGGAUCAGAAAAAGCAAGCAAAUGCUCAAACCAUUACAGCAACCUGAGCAAUUAGCAGGAACUCUCAUCUUCCCUAAUUUAGUAACAGCUGGUCACAUGUGAGAGUCUCAAAUAAUAUUGUAACUCCUUGUGUAAGCAUUUAAUAGCCUCCUCUUGGGUUACUGAGACAUGAAUCUGGAGACAUAUUUCACCAUAAAAGCAUUUUGAGAAAGAGGAAGCUCUGUGAUCAAUGGAAAGUUUAGUUCAGGAUGCUCCAGCUUCUCAAUGUAGUGCAGCAGGUGACUUCAAGUAUGACCCAGUCCAUUGCAAAUAAUUAAGGCAAAGGCCUGAAUUAUCACAGCAGACAGCAGGCUUUGUGUCUUACUACACUACAGACUUACAAGAUUCCUGUUACUGGACGUUAGCUUGAAGAGCAAUUCAUAGUUACUCUCUGGAAAGACCAUAGGUACAGGUUUUCCAGGCCAAAAACCAUCACUAAGAAUUAGAUUAACAGAAAUAGACAGUCAAAAUUUUUGCUAU